AUGAAGACUGCCAACGAAACGCCUUCAGAGGGCCGACGCUCUUCGUCGUCAUCGUCAAGCACCGCGGAAUCUUCCUCCGACAGGAUCGGCCGCACGGCAAGUUUGAACGAAAUCCAACACGCAACAUCCCACAUCUCUGGCCCAGAUGCAUUGGAGCCACCUCCGUCCUCGGCGCCACCGGGGCGGGACGAACCGUACCGCGAGGCGGGCGACGAGAUAUACGACCGACUAUCACGGGGCCGCAAGAGAGCCGUCGUGGCGGUUCUGUCCUUUAUGGCUCUGCUGUCGCCCAUCUCGAGUACAACGGUACUCGCGGCGACUCCUGAGGUGGCGGCUACUUACAACACGACCGGAAGUGUCAUCAAUGUGAGCAACGCCGCAUACAUGGUUGUCAUGGCUAUAUCGCCUGUGAUAUGGGGGCCGACGAGCCAGGUGUUUGGUAGAAGGCCGGUAGCUUUAGUCACCGCCAUCAUGUUCUUCGUUCUCAGCAUUGCUACUGCCCUCGCUCCAAAUCUCGCCUCCUUCAUAUUUUUCAGAGCUGCCUCCGCAUUUGGAGGCACAGUCCCUAUCCUCAUCGGGCCUGCUUGUGUUGGCGACAUAUAUCGCCCGACCGAACGCGGAACAGCCAUGGGAUGGUUCUUAACUGGAACACUUGUCGGACCCGCAUUUGGGCCGUUCCUAGGAGGCAUCAUUGUGACAUACACAUCGUGGAGGGCGAUCUUCUGGCUUCAAACAGCGCUGGCCGGUGUGGGCGUACUGGGUCUCUACUUCGUGGUGCUUGAGACGGCACACCACAAAAGGAUCACGGAGCUCGAAGGAUACUCCCGACGGAAAAAGACAAAGGCAAUCCUGAAAAUGAUCAGUCCCGUGCGAGUCCUGCUGCUGUUCCGGUACUGGAACAUUGUCAUGGUUGCCGGGGGCAGUGCCUCCCUGACCUGGAACAUGUACAGCCUGCUGACACCGAUCCGAUACGUGCUCAACCCGCGAUUCCACCUCGAAACACCGCUUCUGUCAGGUCUCUUCUACCUGGCCCCCGGUUUUGGAUACCUGCUCGGGACGUUCGUGGGCGGCCGCUGGGCCGACUACACGGUGAAGCGGUGGAUCAAGAAACGCGGCGGCGUGCGGGUACCAGAGGACCGGCUUCGGUCAGCGGUCCCGUUUAUAGGAGUAAUCAUCCCGGGGAGCAUGCUCGUCUACGGCUGGACUGUGGACCAGGAAGUCGGCGGGAUCCCGGUGCCGGUCAUCGCCAUGUUCGUACAGGGCGUCGCACAGCUGUUCUGCUUCCCAUCGUACAAUACGUACUGCAUCGACGUGAUGCCGGGCCACGGCGCCGAGGUGGCGGCGACCAACUUCUUUGUCCGCUACCUCAUGGGCUGUGUGGCGUCGGCGGUAGUGCUCCCGGCAGUGCAAUCCAUCGGCAUCGGCUGGUUCUCUACCGUCACGGCCGCGUAUAUGGUUGCGUCGGCACUGGGGACUGUGGCCGCCAUCCGGUGGGGGAAGGGAUGGCGAGAGGCCACUGCGGCAAAGCUGGAGGUGCGAAAGCAGCGGAAGCGGGCGCACAAGGAGCAUCAGCUUAAGAGGGAAACACCGGCAACGGAGAUGGUAAGGGCAGAUCUGGAAGCGAGAGACGAGAAAGGGAAGGAGAAGGAGUCGGUCCGUCCAAGGGACAGAGAGCGAGACACCGGGAGCGAGACGAUCUGA